UCUCGCGAGCGCCGCCGCCGCGCCGCGCCCCUUCCGGCCAUGGCGGCGCGCUGAGGGCGCGGGGCCGCCGCCAUGCACUCGGACGACGUUGUGUGGGACACGCUCGGAAACAAACAGUUCUGCUCCUACAAGAUAAAGACAAAAACCCAGAACUUUUGCCGCAAUGAGUAUAACCUGACUGGCUUGUGCAACCGUUCCUCCUGCCCGCUGGCAAACAGCCAGUAUGCGACCAUCAGGGAGGAGAAAGGUCGGUGCUACCUGUACAUGAAGACAAUAGAGCGGGCAGCCUUUCCCAGGCGACUUUGGGAGCGGGUCCUGCUGAGCAAGAACUAUGAGAAAGCACUGGAAGAAAUAGAUGAGAAUCUCAUCUACUGGCCGCGGUUCAUCCGGCAUAAAUGCAAGCAGCGAUUUACUAAGAUCACCCAGUACCUUAUCCGCAUCCGGAAGCUGACACUCAAGCGACAGAGGAAGCUUGUUCCUUUAAGCAGAAAGAUUGAAAGACGAGAGAAAAGGAGAGAGGAGAAAGCCCUGAUUGCUGCUCAGCUGGAUAACGCCAUCGAGAAGGAAUUACUGGAGAGAUUGAAACAGGAUACAUAUGGAGACAUUUACAACUUCCCCAUUCACGCUUUUGACAAAGCUCUGCAACAGCAGGAUGUAGAAAGUGGGAGUGACUCUGAUGUGGAGAAGGAAGAGGAGGAAGACGAGGACGCAGAUAAGAGAGAGUUUGUGGAAGCAGAUGACAGUGACCUCAGUGAUUUUGAGGACAUGGAUAAGUUGGAGACGAGUAGUGAGGAAGAGCAGGAAGAUAAGUCCUUUGCUGAGGAAGAAAGAGAAAAUAAAGCCGCUCACUCCAAAUCCAAGGGUAAAACUCCCCUGAAAGGACCAGCCAGGAGAAAACGACCCUACAUUGAAAUAGAGUAUGAAGAAGAAACAGAGCCAGCCACUAAAACAAAAACCACCUGACUCCUUCCUGGACUUGCGUUUUCUACUGAAUGACAGGACUCCAGAUCAGAUCAAUGGAAGCUGGAGGAGUUCUAGUGAUAGAAGAAAAUCCUCAGAAAAAUCCCUUCACUUCUCAGCAUUCGAGAUUAAUAUUCUUUCUCCAAGAUGAGAAGGAUUUCUGUCCCACCCCUCAGAAACUGUAGUAUGUGCAGCUCCUGCAUUCAGUGCAGUUCAGUGAAGUAGACUAUCCACCUUCUUUGCACCUACACUAGUGUGAGCCCUAACUUUGCUUCAGGGAAAAACCUGGACUGAGGACACCAUUGCUUUGUUCUAAAGCUGGAAAAGCCUGGAUGUGGCAAGGAAAACAGAAUUGUACCUUGUCUGGGGAGAUAAGGGGCUAAUAGAGGGAAAGACAGAGACAGUAAAUAAAAAAAAAAAAUUUACUGUACAAAAAGCAGGACGAACAUUGGA